AUGGGUAACGACGGUGGCUCGAUUCCCAAACGUAGCGAACUCGUAAAAGAAGCCGCCAAAGCUCUCACAACCGCCCAAAUCAAAGAGGCGCAAAACGAACAACAAGAAUAUGCCUGGUCUACUGAUCCUCUGACGCGCAAACCUCUUGCCCGCCCCGUAGUUUCCGACGCUGCUGGUGUUCUGUACAACAAGGAUUCCAUCAUCGAGUUCUUGUUGAAAGAAGAUGAUGAUGCAGAGAAGACGGAGAUGAAGAAGGUUGCGGGCGUGAAAGAUUCAGAACUAGGCACUUUCGGGGAUAGGGUCAAGGGUUUGAAAGACUUGGUAGAAGUCAAGUUUGAAAUUGAGGAGAAAGAUGGUGGUGAGGUACAGAAGAAUUUAGGCGAGAAGUGGAAAUGUCCCAUUACUGGAGAAAGGCUGGGGUUCGGGAGCAAGGCUGUGUACAUUGUUCCUUGUGGACAUGCCUUUGCGGGAAGUGUCGUCAAAGAGGUUGCUGGGAGUGCGUGUUGGACGUGCAACGAACCGUACGCUGAAAACGACAUCAUACCCAUCCUACCCACCACACCAACCGAAAUCGCACGAUUGAAUCUACGUAUGAAAACAUUGAAGGAUAAGGGCCUUACACACGCGCUCAAGAAAGCGCCCGGCAGCAAGAAGAAGCGGAAACAUGGCGAUACAUCCGCCACCGAGAACGGCGCCACGAAAACUUCACUAUCAGACGAAGACAAAAAGGCAAAGAAAGAGAGUGCAGCAAAACCUACAACAGCGUCCAACGACGGGAUCAAGAACUCUGCCACAGCGUCCUUGACGCGAAAGGUGCUUGAGGAACAAGAAGAGCGCAACAAGAGGAGGAAGAUGGCGCAAAAUGACAACGUGAAUAGUUUGUUUAACAAGACGGAGCACAAGGCAUCAGCGGGGAACAGCGCGGACUUUAUGACGAGAGGAUUCAGCAUUGGGAAGAAAUGA